AUGGACGCUAAACAGAACGAUAAAGAGGUCUCGCUCUAUUUGGGAAACCUAGACCCCAAAGUCGACGAGACACUCCUGUACGAGCUCUUUGUUCAAUUUGCGCCUGUCAAGAGCAUUCGUCUGCCGAAAGAUAAGGUGUUACGCAGACACCAGGGCUACGGGUUUGUUGAAUUCUUCAAUGUCAAGGACUGUGAAUACGUGCUCAAUAUAUGCUCAGGGCUUAGUCUCUACGACAAGGUGCUGCGCGUGAAGAAGCUGAUUGGGGGCCAGACAGAGACUCCCGAGUUAGACGAAGAUAUAGGGCCGGUGGUCUACGUUGGUAAUUUGGACAAACUGGUGGAUUCUGGAAGUAUCAGUGCUACUUUUGCUAAUUUCGGAACGUUCCGUAAGCCGCCGCAGGUCGUUCCUGGAGAAAAGAGCAACCAUGCAUUCAUAUACUACACAGACUUCGAGUCCAGCGACGAGGCUAUCAAGGAGAUGAAUGGCAAGAUAAUCAUGAACCGGCCCAUCAAAAUGGACUAUGCCUACAAGAAGGACUCCAAGGAGAAGCAUGGAGACCGCACAGAGCGUCUUUUAUAUGAAAAAGCCAGGGAGAAUAAUUUUGAGCUGGAACAGUUGAAAAAACGGUGA